CUGUCGCUAGUGAAGUUCCGUGUUUCAGAAACGAGAAGCGGAUGUGAUACUCAGAAUGGUGGCUGUGAGCAUUACUGCGAAGAAACCUACUACGGUGGCAUCACGUGUUCAUGUAGCGCUGGCUUCGUUUUGGCCGUCAAUAACAAGAACUGCAUAGAUGCCGGCUUCGCCUGCACAGAGCGUCUAAUUGGUUGUCACCAGUUGUGUUCAAAGCUUGGCUCUGCCGAUGCCAAUAUUCACCACCCUGAUCUUAGUUAUGAUCGGUUUUAUUCGUGGUCUCAUGGUUUCACCGUUACUUAUACUUAUUUUAUGUAUUGGCCAUCGGGUACUUUGGAAGAUUGUUUCUUCUUAUGCCAUAUCUUUAUUCGCUGUUUAGACGUAGACGAGUGCGCACAAGACAAUGGCCGUUGCCAACACGUUUGCCGGAACACUCAUGGUUCAUAUCGAUGCGAAUGUCGGUCUGGAUUUUAUGUCGCCUCCGAUGGGUUCAGCUGCGAAGACAUCGAUGAAUGUGUGAACAAUAAUGCCGGCUGCGACCAUCGUUGCCAAAAUGUAGUCGGCUCCUAUUAUUGUGAAUGUAAAUCUGGCUUUCGUCUCGGAACUGACAAUCAUACAUGUGAAGAUAUAAAUGAAUGUACAUCGGAUAACGGUGGUUGCCAGCAGCUGUGCAUCAACGUUCCGGGCUCGUAUCGUUGUGACUGUUUCCUUGGCUAUUCGCUGGGAGCUGAUAGAAAAUCAUGCUCAGCACAGUAUGUGCUGGGCACGAACAUCGACGAAAAUGGAACGCACGCGAAAUACGCCAUUAAAUUGCUGACCAACAAAACGGAAUAUCACGUCGAAUUGCCGCAGAACGUUGCUGCAACGCAUCCGAAUAUGUAUUAUUAUGGCUACGGCUUUAAAGAAGGUAAAACGAUUCGAUUGCACAUAUCGAUUCAUGCGCGUCAUGUGAUUUAUGUCAGAAAGUUUGCUCAUGAUCAUUGCUUGAAAGAUAUGGUGCUGUUUCGCAUUCUGUCGUAUUUAGAUUGCUCUGUUGGCUCGUUCGGCCUGCGAUGCAGUUACUCAUGCAAAGACUGUACGAACGGUGGAAGGUGCAAUCGCCGUCAGAACGGAUGCGACUGCCGCGCCGGCUGGACGGGAGUCAUUUGCAACGAACCGUGUCCUGAGGUACGAACAUCGAUGUCAUUGUUACGAAAGUGCCGUGUCGUUACACCUGUCCAAUUCAGGGCUUCUGGGGAAUCGGCUGUAACAGCUUAUGCAGUUGCAACAACGGUCGGCUGUGCGACCCCGUUACGGGAGAAUGUCGUUGUCUUCACGGCUAUGGUGGUGAAGACUGCGACUCCGGUUGCCCAGCAGGUAUUUUCAGAAUUAGCUGGUUUCACAAGUCAUAGUUACUAUGGACCGAGAUGUGACUUGCGUUGUAGGAUGAAUUGUCCCGAUAAUGUCUGCGAUCGAACUUAUGGCUACUGUCUGUGCCCAGAGGGCAAAUUUGGGCAAUACUGUGAGGAGUCAUGCUCGCCGUUUACCUACGGAAAGAACUGUCGUCACACUUAUGACUUCAUGUUUAAAAUCAGUACUACCACAGAAAAUGAUUCAUCAGCGUUAAAGUGUUUUGUGACUUAUCUACGUCGUUUGCAGACAGGAAGAUGCUACUGUAAAUCUGGGUACUACGAUACCUACUGCAAGCAGCGCUGUCCGAAGGGUUUCUAUGGGCCAGGCUGCCUUAGGCACUGUGCCUGCGAAGCAGGAAUCAACUGUGAUGCUGAAACUGGGGAAUGCGAACCAAAAUGCAAACCCGGCUUUACUGGUGACGACUGCAAAGAGCGUAAGUAUCAACGAAAGGAAUUUUAUCUGAACACUGUGCUUCUUUUAGCAUGUCCGAAAAGUCAUUACGGAUUAAACUGUGCUCAUGAAUGUCACUGUCUCGAAGCGCAGGUCUGCAACCCUAUCAGUGGGGAAUGCACUUGUCCGGCCGGCUUCAUGGGCAAGUCUUGCUCAGAAUGUGAGUUAAAUCCUGAUUUACAUUCAGUUACGUGCAUUAUUUAAAU